ACAUUGGAAUUAGUAAAUCACUGUUAAAAGUUAAAAUGGUAGAGAGUUGAUAACAGAAGCACGCUUUUUUGAGUUAUCAAACUGGAUUUCCUCCAAACCCAGUAGGACGUAUUAUUAAGUGAUAUUUACUAAAUAUUUAUUCGUUAAUGAACUUUCUUCUGAUGCAAAAUGGCGGACAGUCUAGCAGAAAUGUACGAAAAGUACAAUAUUUUGUCGGAUGCUAAGGAAAAUAUUUCAAAGCAUUCUAAAGAAUAUCUUCAGUGCAUCGAACGUGCAAAAGGAAGUGAUAAGGAAAAACAAUUAGCAGCACAGAUAAUAUCGAAAUUUUUUAAACAUUUCCCGUCUCUGCAGGACCAGGCAAUAGAAGCUAUUUAUAUUCUAUGUGAAGAUGAUGACAGUUUGAUCCAGAUUUGUACCAUAAAAAUAUUACAUGUAAUAUGUAAGGAUGCUAAAGAACAUAUUCCGAAAAUAGUCAACAUUUUAGCGCAGUUAUUGCAGGCAGAGGAUAAAGUGUCUAAUGCAGCGAGCAGCUCUUUGUUACAAGUAUUCAAAGAGGAUCCCCAUACUACAGUCAAAGUAAUGCUUGAUUUCAUAAACAAUCCUUGCAUAAGUAGCAGUACAGAAGACAUCCCUGCCACAGAGAAAUCUGUGGAGUUCCUAUAUAAAAAACUUGUUAAGCUCGAUGAGAAAUUAACUCCAGAAAUAAAUGACUUAUUAUUGGAAGAGGGCAAAAAGAUCAUUUUGGAUUCCAAUGCAACAGAAUUUUUAACGGUAUUACCCUUCUUAGCCUCCUCAAAAUUAACUAAAACGAUUGCUGGUCAACAAGAGUUAGUCAACUUGAUCGCAGAAAGGGCAGAAAUUGACAAAGAUUUCGAUCCACUUGAUGAAGGGAGUCAAAAUGCCGAUAAGAUAAUGAUGUGUGUUGAACAUGCUCUACCAUUUUUCAGUGCUAAUGUGGAAUCAACGCGAUUCGUGAAAUUUUACUGUGAUCAGAUACUGGGACAUUGGAAGGAAAUGGGUACCUUGAAAGAUGGCAGUAUUAUGCAGUACCAGUUUUUGAAACAACUUGCUGAGCUUAGUACACACUGUGGGAAAUUGGAAACUCCCUCUUUUUAUGUUGUUCAGAUUUUUGAUAAACUGAAGCUCUACAUGCCCCUUCCUCCUGAAGACUGCGACAUAGAUAAAAUGCCUAACUUAGAUUUCACGUCUGUGGAGUGUCUGUUAUAUUCGUUUCAUCGAAUAGCGAGGCAGUGUCCUGAUUUUCUAACUUCUGACCCGAUGGUGCUUAAAGACUUUAGAUCGAGACUCAACUAUUUCUCUCGUGGGGUGGGUGGCUGUAAAAAAUCCUUGGAGAAAAUUCAAAUCAAGAACAAGGAUGACGAAAAAAUCAAAAUUGCUCCCGCUGUCCUCGAUAACAUUACUACAUUGAUAAAAGAUUUGUUCUACACAACACCCGUCUAUAAGUGCAACAUUCACCUGUCCUUCAAAUCGUUAGAAAAAAAAAUCAAGUUAUCACCUGAAAACCCACAAGCACCUCAAAAACGACAUGCACCCAUUCAUUUCGAAUCCAGUAACGGAUCAACGAACAAACAGAUUCGUUCCAAUAAAGGAGCAGAAAACAAAUUGUAUACACCGCCUAGUGGAAAAUUCAGCAGUAACUUUCAGAGUUUUGAUCGUGUAAAUCGAGGAAGAGGGCGAGGUGGAAGGGGAACAAGGGGAAGCAGAGGCUCUUCCAGGUCCUGGCGAAACUGAUAUUAAUUUCUUACGUAUUCAGACUGUCAGUUUUUCAUAGAUCUGGAUUUAUAUAGGGCUAUUCAAAUUCAAGUGUGCAUCGGGAUCUUUUGAACCGUAAGAGAUAGAGGGUUAAAUUGUACCCACUGAAUGUUAUCAAUGUUGAUUGCGAGAGUAUAUAUGAUAAAACGGAAAAUGGAAAUUCUUUUGUGACCUCAUGCGAAAGCCAAUCAGUAAUGAAUACAGAUUCAAAAAAAAAUGUUGAUGUUGACUUGAUCCUAGUGGUGGAUUUCUUUAUACUAAUUUGAAGCUGAUACAAAGUUUCUCAGAGGAAAUGUUGCAUAUUCGUGAAACCAAUAAUAAAAAAUCUGACAAGUCCUCAGUCAGGCGCAUUUUGUACGAAAAUUCUACUUGCAUAUUCUGAUAGUAAUUUUCUAAGGCAAAGUAUUAUUAGAUUUCCGGUAAUGAAAAAGAUAUAGCCAUUAACUAAAAAACCAUAGUCGAUUUUCGUUCGAUAGUACUCCCUAAAUAGAUAACUUUGUUCCAUUUUAACUUACUGUCUCUAUCUCUUACUGUUUAUGAGAUUCUCAUGGACAGAUACAUGAAUUUUAGUAUCCCUGAAUAUGAAACAGAAUAUACUAAAACUGUCCUCGGCAUUUGUAAAUAUUUUUGAAGCUGCAGCAGAUUGUGUACAUCAAGAUCCAGUUUCCAAAUAAUCACAAUUUUCUAGGUUUGUUUCAAACACAAAACUUACAGCAAGCAUGGAAAUUGUAUUUUUAUUUUUUUUGCAGAAAUCAAAUUUUUUCAGACCAAUCUGAAUUCCUUUGGUAAUUUGAAAACAAAUGAAGUAGUUUGUGUAUUUCACUUUUUUGUUAAAUGUAUUUUUUAGUUGAAAAAUGUUUUUUUUGCUUUGCAUGGGAUUGAAUCAAUGAAUCCAUCCGUGGAUUCUCGAAUUGAAAAUUUAUUUAUAUUUUUCAUAUAAUUUUGUGUGCUUGUCCUUCAGAAGUACCUAAAAACUUAGUGGAAUACAACUUCCGUUAGAAAUUUGAGGCAAAGAAAUAAAAUUAUUAAAAUUUUCGAAUGAAAGUUUUAUAUAGAUAUCAAUGCACUGGACUUCUUUAAUUAUUCUCCAAUAUCAAAUAUCCUCCUAAGAAAACAGUACUCUUCAACUGAGUAUUUAUACAAAAUGGGGAUGGGUGAUUUGAUCAAUUUUUUGACAUUACUUUUCACAUAGCUUCUAAAACAGUCGGUAUGGGUAAUUUGCCGACUGUAUAUACCGUACAAUAUAUACAGUCCUUAUAUUUUUCAAUGUACUUUUCUGGAUGUAUUUCAAUAUGAAAAACAAUAUAUGACAGGUGCAUUGACAUCUUAAAUUUUUAUGCUGUCAUGAUUUUUUUUUUUUUCAGAAAUAUGUGUACUUGGUAUACCAUUUUUCAUUUUUAUAAUAUUCUUAACAACAAAAUAUAGACAUAUUCAGUGUUUUGAGAGGUAGAAAAAUUAAUUAAUAAAAAUAACUUGUUACUUAACUUCCUUUAGGCAGUUUGCCGACAGGAGCAAAUUUUCAGGAUAAGUGUCAUUAAGAUUUUUUUGCAUUGGUAAAAUUAAAUACGAUAACUUAUUGAUGAGUUGGAGUUUUUUUUAGAGAAAAAUAUAUUGGUGUUAUCAGGAUGAACUAGAAGUUUUUUUUGUCUUGAAAACAGGUCAAAAAAAUUCAAAAUAUUUAAUUCUUAUAUAACUUGAUAAUAAUUAUAUCAAUAAAAAAGGGGUUUAAGUCAAAACCUAGAUGACGGUACAAAAAAAGUGUGGUGCGAAAUGAAAUGAAGUGGUUGAAUAUAAGUGGCCGAUACUUGAUGAUAAUCCAUAUCAAAGCUAAUUAAUACAGUUUAUUGUAUGAUGACCUAUAAAGGGUUUUAGAAAAAUUGCGACACAUGUUUCGAUAUACAAUAGCUAAUAGCGAAACACGUGUCACGGUUUUUAUAAAAACCUUUAUAGUGAAAAUCAUACAAUGAACUGUAUUAAUUAGUUUUGAAAUGAAGUGAAUUCUAUUCAAUAUCUGACUUGCUUAACUGGUUUGAGACAUACUUAAUAUUAAUUUGAAGUAGGAGAUGUACAGGAAUUUUAGUGAAACUUUAUUUUGCAAAUUCUACCUUGUUAAAUUCUCGUUGAAACAGUUUUAUUUCAUUAUGAGAAUGUAUAUAAUGGUUUUUCAAUCUCUCAAUAUGAUUAUGAAAAACAUUGUAAGCUUCACAAGAUCAUUUAUUGAAAAAUGAUUAUAAAUUGUAAAACUCGAGUGAGCUUGUUACUAAUUCACCAUAGAUUUUCCUACAGUCAACUUUACUUUCAUAAAGUGAAACUAUUACUGAAGGAAUCGAUGGUUUCUGUAGUUAUGGAUGGAAGGAUAUCAGAAUUUGUAUUCUAGUUUUAAAUAAAAAUGUAUCUCAGUAA